CCAAUGGGCGGCCGCGGGGGGCCGAGGAGGCGGAGGAGGAGGAGGAGGAGGAGGAGGCCGGAGCGGCCAUGGCGGUGCGGUACUGUGUGCCGGGAGAGCGACUGUGCAACCUGGAGGAGGGCAGCCCCGGCGGCGGCACCUACGUCCGGCACGGCUGCGUCUUCGCCUCCCUGGCCGGCUGCCUGCUGAAGACGGCCCAGAAUGGCUCGCUGCCGGUCGUGUCCGUGGUGAGAGAGAUGGACUCUCAGCUGCUGCCAGAUGUGGGAUCAAUUGUCACCUGUAAGGUUUCCAGCAUCAACUCUCGCUUUGCCAGAGUGCAUAUUCUGUACGUGGGGUCCACGCCGCUCAAGAAUUCCUUCCGGGGAACCAUCCGGAAGGAAGAUGUCCGAGCCACGGAAAAGGACAAGGUUGAAAUCUACAAAAGUUUCCGCCCGGGUGACAUUGUCCUUGCCAAGGUGAUCUCCCUAGGCGACGCUCAGUCCAACUACCUCCUGACCACGGCCGAAAACGAGCUGGGCGUGGUGGUGGCUCACGGCGAGGCGGGUGCCCAGUUGGUGCCCAUCAGCUGGUGUGAGAUGCAGUGCCCCCAGACCCACGUUAAGGAGUUCCGGAAGGUGGCCCGGGUCCAGCCCGAGUUCCUGCAGACGUAGGCGUCAGCACCGGCAUCGCCGUCACCUCGCCACGGCCGGGCCCGAGGUCCCCUCCCUGGAUGGGGCCGGGGGGCCGCGACAGCCUCUCCUCACCCGCCGUGUCCCAUUUAGUUGAAUUCAUCUCUGCGGCCCUUUGAUGUAAAUUAUAUCUUUCGACCACCUCCACCUGCUGUGUCAGAAAAUAUUUUUGCUAAUGAAUUUUGUCGUCUCUGU